UAGAUUGAGCAAACUCCAAUAGACUAAAAAGAACUAUUUUUGCUGCCUAAUAUAUUCCUUGUUUUUCUAUAUAUUAGACCUCCAAACUCACAACAGAAGGAAUGCUCCUUUCAUAACCAAGAUAUGAUUAUAAACAACCAAACUUUCUAAUUUGCUUGUAUCUUCUUGUCAAACUACAAAAGUGGAACCAGCAAAAGAUCUAAAAUAAGAAGGUUUGGAAGAAAAUUAGAGCAAUGAAAGUAUAUGAGUAUGAAGAGCUCGAAAAAGCCACAGAAAACUUCUCACAAUCAAAACUCAUUGGUAAAGGAAGCCAUGGAUGUGUAUACAAAGGCAUCUUAAAAGAUGGUAAGAUCAUAGCCAUAAAGAAACAAUCAUUGGGACUUCAAAAAAUUGAAGACAACUCCAAGCUCGAAAACGAAGUAAGUAUUUUAUCGUCUCUGCCAGAAAACUCUUUCAUCGUUAACUUUCUUGGAAAGAGUCAUCAUGAUGACGACUUAGCCAAGAAUGAAAUUUUUCUCAUCAUGGAGUACUUGCCAAAUUGUACCCUCUAUCAAAUGCUUCAUGCACAAAAUAAUAUCCUUCCCAACUGGCCUAAACGUGCCCAAAUAGCCAUUCAAGUAGCUAAAGCAAUCCAAUUUCUUCACCAAGCUAAGCCUUCAUCAAUUGUUCAUAGAGAUAUAAAGUCUGCCAAUAUUUUGUUUGAUUCAAAUUGGAAUGCUAAGUUGGCUGAUCUUGGACUUGCCCUAAGGCUGAAAAAUGAUAGCGAAAAUCAGGACGACGACUCACCGAGUCAUCCUGCCAAUUCGGUGACUCGACCGGCUGGCACGAUCGGAUACUUGGAUCCUGCUUACACCAAACCAAGCAAGUUAAGCACGAAAAAUGACGUGUUUAGUUUUGGGGUACUAGUCUUUGAGAUUAUGUCUUCAAGAAAAGUGAUCGAUGUUUCGAAAUCACCCGUUUCUAUAGUUGAUUGGGCAACCAAAUUGAUCAAAGAAGGACGUGCUUUGGAAAUUUGUGACAAAAGAAUGCAUGUACCUUGGUACAUGGAGGCCACGAUAAAGAACAUGUUGAGCAUAGCCAAACGUUGUGUCUCUGAAAAGAAACUAGCAAGACCAUCAAUUGAAGAAGUAGUGAUGGAAAUGGAGAAUGUGAUAAUAGAGCCAAUUAAGUAUCCUUUAUGGAAUAUAUUACGAGGCCUUACACUUUUGAAAAAGAAAAGAAAAAGAUGCAAGAAAAAUUGCAGUAUUAAUGUUACCAAGACAUGUGCACAGCAUGAAGGGAAGGUAGAAAUUGAUAUGUCAUCAAGAAGGAAGUUGUUAAUUAGGGAAAUAUUGGCAGAUCGAGUCACGGAGUAGAUGAAGAGGCAAAUCUAGAAUAUUAUACGUUAAAUUUAUUGCACAUCAUAUUCUUAUUGAAAUUUUACUAACGUUGUGCAAAUAUUUAUAUUCCGUAUGAAUAAUAAGGAGUUCAGUUGAAUCGAGCAAACAAGGUUACAUCCAUCCACCUCUUAGUAGAUGAAUGUUGAUGAGGGUACAGUGUCUUUAUUGAAGCAGAAUAAGUCUAAUACAUGAGUCCUAAUUUCAGGGAUUCAGUUUUGCUCUAAAGCGUCUCGAACUGAGUCAAUGAGGGAUGACUCGGUGAGUCGAUUGCAACUCGGAGCAACCAAUGAUGAGCUGAGGCUAUCAGAGUGGGAGCUUUUUAGGGCAUGCAUUUCCAAACACAAAAUUCCCAAAAGUAGGUAGAAGUGGGAAUAUAUAUAAAAAAUGUUGUAAUUUAUUAGUAUUUAGUAUGUUUUUCCCCUAUAAAUGCCGUGACAUUCUUUGGUGAUGUUACGCUUCUAUCUAUGUCUUUUUAUUGGGAAAUACUUAUGUCAAAUAAUAUAAGAUUUCUCAAACAUUUGCAUUGGGAAAAUGUUUUGACCAGAAUGUUUGUAGUUUGAUUUUGCAACUCACGUUUCUGAAACAUUCUUAUUUUUACCGAUUCCCCUACUUCUUUUAAGA